AUGUUACUAUUUUUAUUGAAAAAGGAUGUUCUGCUUGCAAAACGUAAUUUGGUUUAUACAUUAUGCGAAUUAUUUUUGACACUUUUUGUAUUUGGAAUAUGUGGAGGUGCAUUAUAUUAUCAAUCAAUAAAUUCUGCAAAAAUGCCAUUGAAAUAUCGAAUGAUUCCACCAAUUGAAUUUGAUACAAAUCGAAGACUUCAAAGACGUUCAUGUUAUGAAAAUUAUAAAGGAUGUGCUAAAGUUGAAAAUGGCGGAAUUAAAAAAUUGGUUGAGAAAAUGAAACAAAAUCCAAAAAUAAGUCGAAAAAAUCCGUCGUAUGUUUUCAUGAGAAAAUGAAAACCAACCAACUUAUUUUUCAGAUUUGUUGGGAGAAAUUUGAGAUUCAAUAACUCGAAAAUAACAUUGAAGUAUGUUCUUCCGAUGCAAAAUAUUGAACAUUCGAAAAAUAAUUGGAGACGAGAAAAAUCGAAACAAGAUAUUUCGGAAUCAUUGGCUCGAAAUAUGCUGAUUGAUUAUGAUAAAAUCACAAAACAUUACAAAAGAUUGCCGCUUUCUCAAAGAUCCAAAAUUAUUUCUGAAAAUAUCAGUUUUGCAAAAGUUUAUGAAAUGCCAUAUUUGGAACCUUCACCAGUCUCAAAAUCUCUCGAAUAUUUGCCUGUAUUUUGUUUUUUCUCAUUUUAUGUUCUUACUGUAACUGCAACACGUGGAAUAGUUUUGGAAAAAACAACAUCAAGGGUUUGAUUUUUUUGUAGAAAUUUCAUAAUUUUUCCUGAUUUUCAGCCAUAUUUAUUAUUGAUUGGACUACCUUUGCAUGUUUAUUACAUCGAACAAUUUAUAUUCAAUUAUUUGAAAUCUGUUAUUUUUGUGACACCUGGAGCAAUAUUAAUUGCAAUGAUUUUUGAUAGCAUUGAAGAACAAUUAACAAUCUUCUUUUCGAUUAUUUUAUUUCUUCUUCCAACAAUAUCAUUUUCAUUUUUGAUUGGAAGUAUUUUCAGAAAUCAAAAAACAGCAUUUCAAUGUGGCUUAAUUUUUUGGAAUCUUCUUGCAAUAAUUCCAUAUCGCUUCAAAUUAGAAAACUAUGAGAUGAAUGUUGAAAUAUAUUCAAUUCCAACUUCUUUUUUAUUCAAUUAUUGUUUUCAUUUUAUUGUUGAUUCAAUGAAAAAAACAUAUGAUAUUGGUCAAUUUUCGAUUUCUUCUUCAAAAACAAGUAAAAUGGCACCAAUUUAUUAUUAUAUGCUUAUGCUUGUUAUUGAUUCAAUUAUAAUGUUAACACUUGCUAUAUUUUUUGAUUAUAAUAGAAAAAUAUUAUCAACUGAAUGGAUACUUUCAAAAUUUCAACGAAAACAAAAUAUUGAUUCGGAUGAAGAAAACACUGAUUUGAAUGUUCUUCUUGAAACAAGAAAACCAUUAAUGGUUGCAAAAAAAGCGAAUAAAAAUGAAGAAAUAAGACAAAAAAUGCCAUCAGAUAUUGAAAUCAACAAUUUAUUCAAAAAAGUUCCAAACGGCGAAAAUGUUAUAAAUAAUUUGAAUUUAAGAGCAAUUCGUGGAGAAGUUUCUGUUAUUUUAGGACAAAAUGGAUGUGGAAAAAGUAUGACAUUUUCAAUUAUUUCUGGAAUUACAAAUCCAACAUCUGGUAAUCAUAUUAAUUUUUGAAAUGAGAUCUAUAUAGGAGGUGCAUUUUUCAGGUUCAAUAAUGAUAAAUGGAAUGAAUGUUUUCAAAAAUCGCCGAAAAGUUGGAAAAAUGAUUGGUAUUUGUCCACUUGAUAAUAUGUUAUUUGAGAAAUUAACAGUUUGGGAACAUUUAAAAAUUGUUCACAGUAUCAAAAAACCGAAAACAAUUUUCAAAGACGAAGCAAAAUUAUUAUUAGAAACUAUGAAAAUGGCUGACAACAAGCAUACGGUAUGAUUUUUCGCAAAAAUGCUCCACUUUUGUUAUAUUAAUGAUCUACAGUAAUUUUAUUUUCAGCUCGUAAAAAAUCUUUCAACUGGAACAAAACGAAAAUUAUCAAUGUGUAUGGCUUUAAUUGGAAACAGUAAAGUGAUAUUACUUGAUGAACCAACAACUGGAUUAGAUCCAUGUGCAAGACUCGAAAUUCAGAAAAUAUUGGAAUCGUUGAAAAUUGAUCGAACAAUUCUAUUAACAACUCAUGAAAUGGAUGAAGCUGAAAGAUUAUCUGAUUGGAUUUAUAUAAUGGAAAAAGGUAGAAUUGUUGCAUGCGGUGAUUCACAAUAUUUGAAAACGAAUUAUGGCGGAGGACAUUUAUUGACAGUUGUAUUAUUGAAUAAAAAGAAACAGAAAAAAGAAGCGAUUGAAAGUUUGUUGAAUAUUUGCAAUGUUUUCAUGAAAAAUGUAAAAUUGAAAGAUAUUCGAGGACAAAUUAUUGAAAUAUUGAUAUCUGAUGAAAAUAAAAAGAAUUUAUUGGAAUUAGUAAGAACUUUGGAACAAAUAUCAGACAAACAGUGAGUAGUUCAAAUGAAAAUAUUUUAAUUUAUUUCAUUUUUUAAAGAUAUGACUCUCCAGCUGCUGCAAAUAUCAAAAAUUAUGAAAAAAUUGCAAAGAAAAUCGAAAUUUCAUCGAUUGGAUUAUCAUUGAAUUCACUCGAACAAUCAUUUCUAGCAGUUUUAAACCAAUGUGAUACCGAAAAACGAGAUAAACAUGCUAAAUUUCGAGAUUAUUCAAAUAUGAUUAAUGAGAAAGCAAUAAAGCCGAUCCAUAAAAUGAGAGGAACAUUUUCGGGAUUAUUUUGGAAAAGAGUUUAUUAUGCAAAAAGGAAUAUAUUACAACAUCUUAUCACUUAUAUUUUCCCGAUUCUGGUUUUGAUUUUAAUCAAUAUUUAUCAUUUACCAGAACAUUUUCCAAAUAUUGUCAAAAAUAAUAUCAACCUCAAUUCAUUGCCAAAAUCAAAAGUUAUUUUUCAAAUGCCGAAUUCUCAAAAGUAUAUUGAUGUGUUCAGAUCAAAUUCAAAUCUUGAGUUAAUUCAUUUAUUAGAUAUGUCAAUCAAUAUAAUUGAUAUCUAUAACGAAUAUGAUCAGGUAAAAACAAUUCAUCUAAUUUCCUAAAAUGAUUAUUUUCAGCCAGGUGACCGGGUUUCUCUUAUAAUUCGAGGUUCAAACAAUACUGCCAAAGAAAUAUAUGUAAAUACACGAAUUCAACUCAAUAAGCCCAUUCUUAUUUUUGUUCGAAAUUUCAUGCCUACUUUCAACGAUCUAAAGAAUUUGAGUAUUUCGGUAUUUUGGGUUAUUCAAGAAUCAUCAAUGGUAAGAUUUGAAAUUAGAUUUCGAAUGAGCGAAAAGAGAAACAACUACAGUACUAGUCAGUUUUUGUUCUACAUAUGUUAUUUCAGGGUGAUUCACAUAUUCGAAUAUAUUUCACAUUUUGGACAAAGAUUUGCUCAAUUGUUAUGUUUUUUGGUGUAAUGCUUGUUGAAGAUCAUGUCUCAAAGUUUCAACAUCAACAAUUUCUUACCGAAAUGCCACAUUUCUUCUAUUGGUUUUAUACAAUUUUCUGGGAAUUUAUUCUUUUUUUCAUCGAUCUUCUGAUUUUUGUCAUUAUAAUGUUUUGUUUCAACAUUGCAACAUUCACAGUUCCAUUGUAAGUUUUUCUCUAAAACUUAAAAUCGUUAUAAUAUUUUCUGAUUUUCAGACUUUUUGUAAUCUCGAUAUUAUUUUUCUUUGCAAUGGUUCCAGUUUUUCUUGUAAUAUCAAUGUUUGUUGAUUCGCCUAUUAAAAUGACAAUAUCCGCUGUUUCUAUAGUUUAUAUUUCGACUGGAUUAAAAGUUGUUAUAACUCAAGCAGUUCGAUUAAUUUGGAACACUGAUUCAAGGGUAUUUAUUGAGUAUUCACAAAUAUUAUUUGGGAAAAAGUGUUUUUCUUACAGAUAUUUGAAGCAUUUCGAUGGAUGUUUCCUUCUCUGAAUUUUUUCGCAAAUUUAUUCAAACUUUGGAAUUGGGAAAGACCGUUUGAUUUAUCAUCGGAAAUUGCUGUUGGUUUUCUUCAUUACAAAAAUGCUGGUGAAAACUACAGUAUUUGGCAAGAUUAUAUAUAUCUUAUUCCUUUGAUGAUUCUCACUUCAAUUAUUUUCUUGUUUUUGGCAAUGAGAAGAGUUAAAAAAUUAUGGUUUUCAAUUAGAAUAUGCUCGAAAAAAGUUUCAAAACCAAAAAAAGAGAAAUCGAUUGAUUCGAUGGUUAUUUUAAAUGAUGUCACGAAGAAAAUUGGAAAGAAAAAAGUUGUUAAUAAAAUAUGUUUGAAUAUCAAAAAUGAGGAAAGUUUUGGAAUAAUUGGAUUGAAUGGAUGUGGAAAAAGUGUGAUUAUUGAUAUUUUGGCAUGUAAAACAUUUUUAAGCAGUGGAACAGCGGAAAUUGGAGGAAGAAAUGUGAUGAAGUGGAUUGUUAGUUUUUUUUUAUUUCAAAUUCACAUUUUUUCUUUAUAUUUUAUUUUUAGAAAAGUGGUUAUUGUCCACAGAACACAGAAAUUCUACCAGAUUUCUCGGGAAAAGAAAUAUUGUAUACAACUGCGAGACUUCAAAAUUAUAAAGAUAUCAAAAAAGUUGUUGGAAUUGUGACAAAAUGUGUCGGUUUGACGAAAAAUGAUAUGAUGAAACAAGUAAAGAAUAUGAGCAAAGGACAACAAAGAAAAUUAUCAAUUGGAAUUGCAGUUUUAUCACGAUCAAAAAUACUUAUUCUCGAUAAUCCAACAACAGGAUUAGAUCCGAAAUCAAGAAGAGAUAUUUGGAAUUUUUUUGAAUAUUUAAAUGAAGAAUGUGGUAUAACAGUCAUAAUGAAUACACAAUCAAUGAAUGAAUGUGAAGCAUUAUGUACGAGAAUGGCUGUAUUAAGAGAUGGACAAAUAAUUGCAUUAGGAACAACACAAGAAAUUAAAGAAAGGUAACAAAUAUUCUCAAAAAAAAUAAUUCUAAAAAACAUUUUUAGACAUGGAUUAUGUUUCCACCUUUCGAUAAUUUUGAAAGAUUCCAACAAUCGAGAAAAAUUACUUGAAAACAUGAAAGAAAGAAUGAAAGAGUCUAUUUUGAUAAGUGAAAAUGGUUUGAUAUUUGUAUAUCAGGUAGGUUAAUUUUUUAUCGGAAGGUUUUUUUACGCGAGCACUCGUCGAGAAAAAAAAGAAAAAGAAGUAAAUAGAGUCAAAAAAGAGAAAAAGUGAGAGACAGAGAGGAAGGGCCACGACGCACAGAAAUUUGUACAGGGGACCGACGCAAUUUUUUCCAUGGGGCGCGCUUUCUCUCCUUUUUCGGAAAUUACUCGACGGCUCCUUUGUUCAGGCGACGUAAAGAAACAGAACAAAAAUAAUUUAGAUUCCUCGGAAAUUCGAUGAAAAAUGGACAACAAAAGUGAAUGAGAUUGAAGAAUAUCUGAAAGAUUUAGAUAUCGAUUAUUUUUAUUUGUUGCAAUCAACUCUUUCCGAAGCAUUUAUCAAAUUAAAUUCGUGA